CACAAGAAAAUUAAAAUGGUUAAUCUGUUUAAUAAUUUAAAUUAAACUGGUCUCCCUAGCUGCAGCACUAGCAAAAUGGCUAGGGUGUAAUUUUAUGUAAUUAAUGGCGAGUUUCCAUUACUAGGUGGUGGUCCAUGGAAAGGUUUGGAUUGAGCCUGGUGGGCUAUGGGCCAAUAAGUGUGAGGGCCAGUAUAAUAGAAAGAUGAGUGAUAAAGAGGAAAUUGAAAAAUCCUGUGCAGGAAGCGGAAUUAAUCAGAGACAGCAGCUUCAAAGGCCAAGAGCAAAGGGGGAGGUGAAGCAAUGGGGACUGAAUCUACUCCAAACUGAUUGGACCGCACCCCAAGAGAAAAAAAUGGAGAAUCUCCAGGAAUUACCUUAAUGUGUUCUAGUGAGAGGGGGCUGGUUGCCUAGGAAACACAGAAUUUAUUCUUGAGAGGGAUGGUAGGGAGAAGUAGGAAUGCACUAGUCAGAAGUGUACACUAGGUUGAGAAUCAGGAUGUCGAGAAAGGAACAUUCAGGAGAUAGCCAGUAACCAUACAUCCUGUGUUGAUUAGAGACAUGCUCUACCAACCAGAGCUGCUGGCCUCUUAUGCCAUGACUGAACCAGAAGACAGAGAGUAUACAUGGGAGAGGGGCCACUGUGGAUCCAGUAAACAGUGAAAAACCCCUCAGUAAGAAGCAACUCCCCAUGGGGCACAGUAUGGAAUGGGUAGUGCCCAACAGAUCUAUCCUGAGACUGUGAAACAGUAUUAAGGCAAGCCUAGCAUUUUUGUAUGGUCAAAGCAUUUCUACAAACAGGAACUGUUCUUAUCUCUGAUCUGACACUAACCUGCUUGGCUGACAGAGGCUUCCUGUUUUUACACCUUCAGUUUGCCAGCUGCCUGAUGGGUUGAUGCUGGCCCCUCUUCUAGAGGCUGAGAGAGGUAGUUCUGCUCCAUGCCUAACUCUUCUUGCCUUUUGCUGUAGGUGGGUCCUGCCUAUGGAUAUCACAGAAUUGCUAGAAACAGGAAGAGUGCAUUAAAAUGAGAGAGACAUGAACUAAAGCCAAACCCAAGCCAGGCUUAGCUGUAUGAAACAUGUCAGUAGCUAGCUCGGUGGUUUUUCUGAAUUAUCCACUUGGAGUGCCAGGUGCUGUUUGUGGGGCUCUCUGCCCCGAGAAGCUACCCUACACUGACAUACUGACUUGCUCCACAGCCAUGGAGCAACUGCCCCUGAAAAAAGCCUAUGCAGAUUAGGGAAGAGAGAGAAAACUGAGAAUGGCAACAAAGUUUCUAAGAACAUUGGAAGAAGAAGCCACAAGAGAGGUUUAUGUACAGUUGGAAGGUGACUAGAUGAGGGCAGGAGCAGCCCAAUAGCCUCUCCAGUGUUGUCUUAUAACUUCUGGCUGUUGUUUCAUCUAAGGAGAGAGUGCAUGUGUGUAAGUUUAGGCUGUCUUAGAAAAAGGAACGAUUUAGGAGGUCAGGGUGGUGGGGGCCUGCACUGCAAAGAUCCUAAAUCAGGCUAGGGCCGAUGCUUGUGGUGAGAGAGGAUGAUUGUGGAGGGGGAUGAUUGGGUGAUCAUGCAGCCAUUUCUGGUCUUCCUAUUAAUCAUUCUUAGCCCUAUUGGCAGGUAAAAGCCUCUUCAGCACUACUCUGGUUCUUCCAGGAGCUCACAGCCCUCUGGAGUUUCUACAUUUCAUUUAAGGUGCAGCUAGAACCUGGGCCAGGGCAGCUGACGGGAUUUACAGUAUAAAGAAGGAAGGGUGGUUCUGUGACUACCAUAGAGGAAUAAGCAAGUCAGGACCUGUAGGAUCUGUUCCCAGCUCUGCAAAUCACUCAGUGUGAGUUACCUUGAGCAAAUCAUGUUCCCCUCUGAGCCUCAGUUUCUCUGUUUGGUAAUGGUGUAACAAAUAUCUCCAGGGGCUGGGAGGCUAAAUUGAUGUGUUCCAGUCAAUGCAGAAUUUUAUUAAUAGCACUGGAGUUAUGCCUUCGUUGGCUGAGUCCCUCAUCUGUACUGGUCUCCCCAAUGGUCGAACCUUCCGGGGCUGAUGGUCCUGCUUGUACCUAGUCUGGGUCAACCAUGUACCCUGAGAGUCCCUGUUCCAUGCACAUGGGUCACAUGUUUAUUAGCCAUGAAUUUAUUGCUGCUUGAAUGAUCUGAACUUCUCCACACAGAAAUCACUCAGAGGGCAGUGUUCACUCAAAUCCCUUAAAGCCAUGGGAGCCAAUAUACCAGAAGUAGGCGCUAGUGAGACAGUUUCACCAGCAGAUGUCUCUCCAGCUCAAGCUAAAGUGGUAAGUAGAAAUGCCAGUAGCAGCCAGGGCCAGGUUUGAUGCCAAAAGCCUAGAGCUCCCAUCCCAUGAGGCCUACAGUGAAGAUAGCACUUAUAGCCUGUGAGGAGGCAGGGUGGGAGUAGAAGCCAGUUACAGGAAUAUUUCCUGCCUCUCAGUUUCAUAAAUCUCAGCACUCAGUCUGGCUUGGCUUCUGACAGGAAGCUCGGGAGGGGAGAGGAUAAUGGUGGCCAACAACAGUUGGAUUUAAAAAUUAACUUAUCACACUGUGUGAAAAGGUCCUUGGCUUUCACACUAGCUGGUUUGUGGGGGCUAAGGACUAGGCCAGCAGACAUAUAGGUCAUUGGAAGAUUGACUGAAGCACCUCUGUAUCCCUGCAGGUGGAGCUCAUCCAGGCUGAGCGCCAGUACAGCCUGAUGGAGAGCAGAACAAAAUCCCCUCCAUCUCCCAUCGCUGUGCUAGGGAGCAAGCAGGAGCAUGAUGCAGCCCAGCGGCGCCUCAUCUACUGUCGCCUGGAGCUGCGGAGCGUGUUGGAGGGCCUGCGGGAGCAACACCUUCUCCGGGAGGACACGGACCACAUGCUGAGAGCCCAGUUUACUGGUACAUGAUGGGGACAGGAAUUGAGGGACUGAGAAUACUAACCAGGAGCUCGCUGCCCUUUCAGAGACCAUGUGGUAAAUAACAGCAUUUGUCCUCCAGGGCCUCAGCUCACAUGGGAGUCAGUACAGUGAAGGGGCUGAGACCAGGCUCCAGCCUUGGGGAGAGCAGGCUGCUCCUGGCCUGUGAACAACACAUUUCUUCUCUAUACAGUUAGAUGUUGUCCCUCCCCCAUCAAUGGCAGAAACACAUGUGGGUUUUCCACCCACUUUGCCACCCCCUAUCCCUUGUGAGCACUAAGAAGAGGGCCUUGUAUUGACUAUGGCUCUGAAUAAACCCCAAGGAAUAUUCCCUCAUCUCUGCUCUCUGCCAUAAUGUGCAGUAGAAAAAAGUAGCUACUCUCUGCAGAUCCUUCAAACAAAAUAAGCCUCAGCCCAGAUUCUUUCACCCUACUCUCUGCCCCAUUCCCGAUACCCAUCUCUUUGCUUUAGCAGACUUGCAGCUUGAUUUGUGCUAUGAAGGAAGCCAGUGUGGGAGCUACCCAGCCACCAUGCGUAAUUUUGCUGUCUCACUUCACCUGUUCUCAGCCAAGGCCUACGAGUGUGAAGGCAGACAGAAUGACACCUGAGAACCAAUCAAAAGACAAGAUGCAUGCGAGGGUGCAUGAGCAUCAUCUGGAAGAAAAUGCACAGUCAACUUGGAAGAGGAAACGAGACCAUGAAGAACUGGAGAAUGAGCCACAAGCAAAAAGAUUGUUUCUGAGGAAAGCAGCCAAACCCCCAGGGAAAAUUGGCUGGGCUGAAGGUGGUUCCUUGUUCAGAAACACAGGGGUGCACUUCCAUCAGAUGGAGAGGCAGUGCAGCAUCAUCCACUACAUCUACCAGAACAUGCUGGGUGGCUCUAUCCGAGCACAGCUCAGGCAGUGUCUCCAGCUGCCCUUCGUGCGUUCUCUCUCAUCAUACCGCCUCUUCCGAACAGCAAGUCCCUUUGACAGGCGAGUGACAUGUCUGGAGUGGCAUCCAGCUCAUCCCAGCACCGUGGCUGUGGGUUCCAAAGGUGGAGAUAUAAUUCUCUGGGACUAUGAAGUACUGAAUAAAACCUGUUUCAUAAAAGGAAUGGGAGCUGGAGGGGCCAUCACAGGAAUGAAGUUUAACCCUUUUAAUCCUAGUCAGCUGUACACAUCGUCACUUGCUGGUACUACCACCCUACAGGAUUUUACUGGCAAUACACUCCGGGUCUUCACCAGCACCAAGGACUGGGAUUUCUGGUACUGCAGUGUUGAUGUGUCUGGAAGCUGCCGGUCUGUGGUGACAGGCGAUAAUGUGGGUAACGUGGUCCUGCUCAGCACGGGUGGUGAAAAGAUUUGGAAACUGAAAUUACACAAGAAGAAAGUGACUCACGUGGAGUUUAACUCUCGCUGUGAUUGGCUCUUGGCUACAGCUUCUGUGGACCAGACAGUCAAAAUCUGGGACCUGAGAAACAUCAAAGACAAGUCAAGUUUCCUUCAUAUGCUGCCUCAUGACAAACCUGUGAAUGCUGCUUACUUCAGCCCAACGGAUGGUGCUAAGCUCCUGACUACAGACCAGCACAGUGAGAUCCGAGUCUAUGCAUCUUCAGACUGGACUAAACUACAGCAUCUGAUCCCACAUCCACAUCGGCAGUUCCAGCACCUUACACCUAUCAAGGCAACAUGGCAUCCACGUUAUGACCUCAUUGUGGCUGGACGCUACCCAGACCCUAAGUUUCCAGGAUACACAGAGGAUGAGUUGCGGACUGUUGAUAUAUUUGAUGGAAACACUGGAGAGAUGGUGUGCCAGCUCUAUGACCCAAAUGCAUCUGGCAUUAUCUCGCUCAAUAAGUUUAAUCCUAUGGGAGAUACACUGGCCUCUGGUAUGGGCUUUAACAUUCUGAUCUGGAGUCGGGAAGAGAUGGUGACCAAGAAACAGGAGCAUCUCUUGAAAGCUAUGACAGAACAGGGAGUUAGAAGCAGGAGUUUGUCCAGAUCUGGGCUGCGGAAGAAAUCAAACUCAGGUGCAAGCAAACUCAAAACCAAGCUGCUUGCUCUGGAACUAGAGGGGACUAAAACAAAGGGCAAAGAUCCCAAAUCAAAGGGCAGGAAGUAGAAGAAUCUGGAGGAUUGAACAGGCUUCUCCAGGCUUUCUAGAUCAUGCUGGACAAAUCUAUUAUGAGGGGCACCUAGCCUGCUUUGUCCUUGUUUAGUAGGGAGUCACUGCUUGUAUUCUCUGCUUUCCCCUCUAGGGGGUGGUGUCAUUGCUUAACUCCUCCUACUUGGGUGACACUUUAUCAAGCACUAUGGGAGCCUGAAUGUCAGCAUGCCCUGUGUUGGCAUUCAUUUAAUUGGACCACACAAAGACCAGCAUUAUGCUUAUACGCUAUUCUUGUUCUUUAAUUUCAGUCAUGGGAUGUGAGGUUAAUGUGGGAGCAGUCAGGGCUGAGCCGUUGCUGUAGUUCAUAUUUUCAGAGCUUUAAUCUCUCUCCUUGCAGUGCAACAGCUAGCUGUUUUCAGUCAUGUACCCCAAAAUGUGGGGAUAGGUGUUCUCAAAGUGGGACCUAAAGGUUAUCUGUUACACUUUUCUCACAGAACUACAUCUCGGCUCCUGUUAACCUAGAAGUUUUUAUGUUUGAAAGUUAGCUUGUUUACAAAGCUGCCUGGGGCAUAGUUGGAAUAUCUGUCCUCCCCAAUACUGCUGGGAGACUCUGUUAAUGUCAUGCUGUUUAUAACAUUCAAGUGUUAAUAAAAUUUUGUUUAGAACAGGCUUUCUUCCUUGGGAGUGACCAUCUUAGGGGGUUUGUUGAAUUGCCUAUUGGGUGUGAGGGGUUCUUGAGCCCACCUCAGCAGGAGUCGCAGACAGCUGGCAAGUAUGUGUUAAUGUUAUUCCUACAAAGCAUUCUUGUGAAAUAAGAUGAAUUCACUUACAAACUAAAGUAUCUGAUUUUGUAGGGUAGCAGGAAACACAUGAAAAGAAGCAUAACACUUAAAAUGACUGCUGCUCUGCCCCUGCUGUGGGUUGUUCAUAUUGGGCUUGCUCCUUUCUCUCUUUUUGCCCUUUUGUCCUGUGAAAAGGUAAAUGUUGAAAUAGGCUCUGCCUUUAAUAUGGGAGCUAAUUGACCUAGGCUUCUGUGAGCCCUUAUAGCAGAAAGAGUAGCAGGAGCCUGGUCUCAAUUUGAUUUUAAUGAAGAAAAGGCAAGAGGUAACAAAACAAUUACAGAAACUCAUUCAGACAGAAGGUCUAAAUCACGAUAGAUGCCUUUCCUCCAUGUGUGCAAAAUCUGCUGCUUUUAAAAAUAGCCCCUCCUUCUGCUACACAGGCCCCUGUGAAGACACUGCCUUGUACCUUUCCCUUUCAGUCCUGUGCUGAGGAGCAGCUGCUUGUUCUUUGAAACUGUGUUUGGCUUAAGAGAACUAAGAUGUAUCUCCAAGUCAGAAACAGGUGAGGCAGUUGCUGAGAGCAGCAGGCUGCUUCUGCUGCCAGUUAAAUUUCCCAUGCUGGUAGCAGCUCAUAAAAAUCCCCAAGAAGAAGUGGAGGGAAAGAAAAGGAAGCCUCCUAGUAGCCUCUGCUGCCAGGAAGGGAAGGGAAGGCGACCAGAAAAAGGAACUAAAACUGGGAAGUGAAUGUGCAGCAUCACCCUAUGACAAGUCAGCUUCUGGUGCCUGCUGCAAUCUCACUCUUCAUCAGAAACUAUAGUGGAGAAAGCGGAGGGCAGAAGUUGAUGACUGGUAGGCAUCAGUAGUCCCCAUACCAGCUGUAGUCUGCAAGGCAAUGCCUGCAACCUCUACUCAGUUGGCCUAAGAAAAAGUCACCUUUUAGAAGAUCCAGGUGUUUCAUCCUGACAGGUGAACAGGGAUACAGGGUCACUUAAAUGUCCCAGCCAUUAAGUUGAGCAUUUGUUUUUUAAAAUACACCAAUAGUGGGGGAUUAUGAAAAACCAGCAAGUUUGCCUCCUGUCCCAGUUUUGCUACAUAGUCUUUUGCUGCACUGUAACAUUUUCUGCCUGCCAUGCACACUUCCUUGGCUCACAGUCCACAUCUGUCCCCAUCGUGUAGUACAGGGUCUGUAGCUAUAGGCAGCCUUGGGCAAUCACAACACGGGGAGGUCAGAACAAAAGGCUGUAAGUUUAGAGAGAGAUCCACAAUUUCAUAACCACACCCAAUUAUAGCUCCACAAAUUAGGAGUAUGAAUGCAAUUAAAGUUCAGGGAGCAGGUAAGGUGCAUUCUACUUUGUACAGCAUUGCACAACAGCCUAGGUGCAUGAUAAAGCUGAAGGAUCAGAAAUUGGGUAUCAUAUUGGCUAAUCCAUAUAACAAAGUCCACUGAUACCUGGAACUUCUUCAACCUACCCAUGGGCUGGGUUCAAAGGCAGGUUUACAAUCCUACCUGGACUUAAGGCCCUUCUUUCCAGUCAGAAAGAAUUGGGAAGGAGUGGCUAGGUGCCAGGAGCAAUUCAGUAGUGGAGAACACCCUCCCGCAAAACCUUUUAUGCAACCAGCCAGUGAUCUCCAGCAACUACAUUUUCUUGGAAAGUAGAUGAGGAUUCAGCUACUACCCAGCUGGUAUGUGUUGGGGGGCUGUGGUCCAGGUCCAGCCUUCGCACAGUAAUCAGCCCAAUGGCCCAGAACAAAGUGCUCAAAUCAGACUGGGAAUCACACCGAAAUGAAAU